AUGUCGUCCGAGAUAAUAACUGACUCUUUAAAGAAAAUUAAGACAAAUGGAAAAUUUAUUACAAAGGAAGAAUUAACGUCGUUAUUCGAUAAUAUUGUGAAAGAACUUAAUCAACAAAAAACAAGUAAUGAUAACAAAUUUUCGAUUGAAGAUAUAAAAGAUAUAGCCGUUACUUUGCACGAUGUUGGCGAUUAUGAAAAAUACAGUAUUUCAGAUUUAUUAAAUCAUCAAUUAUUUGUUAUAUUACGUGAUAUAUUGACAUCUUUAAUAAUUAAAUUGCAAAAAGAUGAGAAUUUUAAUGAAAAUGAAACGGUUGCAUCUCGAUAUAUAGGUGCCAUAUUUACCUGGUUAGUUUCAAGCGUGAAUGAUACAAAUGUGGACAUUUUCAAGACAUUAUUAUUAAAUAAAACGAUGAUUGAAUCAAUUGCACAAUGUCUUGAUAAUAUAGCUACAUCUGGUAAACAUUUAGAUGAUUUGAAUAUAUUAGUUCUCAAAUACAUUGUCCAAGCAUUAUCCUCGUUUCAGCAAGCACAAAAGCAAUUUCAGGACGAUUUUACCUUGUCGGUAAUAUUAAACUCAGUUAUAAAAUGUGUUUGUUCAAUAUAUUAUUUAGACGUUUUUAAAGGCAUUGUUGUUGAAUUAUUGAAACUAAAUUCUAAACAAGAGUUUCUGUUAAUUACAUGUAUUGAAUAUAUUACUAUUUAUGAUGGUGAACGAAUAGAAGAAAUAACUCUUACAAUGUCGGAAUCAAUGUUUAAUUAUUAUUUGAAAAUAUUUGAACAAUUUAUUCCAUUAAUUGAUGAAUGGAAUAACGUAGUGAUUAAAGCAAUAACAAACGCUGCUGUCCUAUUACAGUAUAUUUCAGCUGAUGAUUUACCAAAACUAAAUUUUAUAUCACAACAUGUACAAUUACUCGACUACGCGAUUACUAUUUUAAACUCCACAAAUUUUUUUAUUCAAAUAGAUGUAAAUAAUGAUAUCGCCGACUUAAUAGAAUUUACGCUACUGUACAUUUUCAUGCUGACCCUAAAUUCAAUACUUCUAGAACAUAUUAAAGAAAAAAAUUUGAUUAGCGUAUUUUUAAAAUUUAUCAAAGCAAAUAAUGAAAGUAUACAAUUUCAUUCAUAUCGUCUAUUAGCAACGAUUAUGAAUGAAGAUGGUAUUAAGUCAUUAUCAAAUCCAGCUAAAAUUACAGAAAUAUUCAUUAACUACAUUGAAAGAAAUAUCGAUAAUGUGUUGAGAAAACUGAGACUACAGAAUACUCUAUUAUCUUUGAAAAGUCUUAUACAACAUAAUUCAAUAAAAUCAGAAUUUGUAAAACAGAACGGAUUACCAUUAUUGAUUCGUUGUGCGUCAGAGUCAAAAUUUGAUGCCAUCAAAGUUCAACAACGUGCUCUCGAAAUUCUUUUGGCAUUAACGUUCAAUGAACAAGCAGCUGUGAUACUGAAAAAUGACCAGAUAUUCAUGAAACGAUUGAAAUCACCAUUCAAUGAACAAGGUGUUAAAAAAGCAGCUGAAGGGAUCGUUUGGAGAUUAGAAAAAGAAGCUCAACUAAUCAUACAGAACGAAAAUCAACAAACAUUCAACAAAAAAGAAGCUGCUCCUCUCGCUCAUAAAUAUGACAUUAUGAUCAGCUAUUCACAUUCAGACAAAGAUUUAUGUUAUCAAUUACAAGAACGUUUAGUUGCAGAUAAAUUUCGUGUUUGGUUGGAUCGUGAUAACUUGUAUGGUUCACAAAUGCAACAGAUGGCUGAUGCGAUAGAAAAUUCAGAAUUCAUUUUUAUCUGUAUGUCCGACACUUAUAAACAAAGUGCCUAUUGUCAGUCGGAAGCACAUUAUGCUUAUGAACGUCGUUGUCAGCUAAUACCAUUAAAAAUGAUCGAAAAAUAUCAGCCAGACGGAUGGCUCGGUCUAAUUGUUAGUGGUAAAACGUAUAUUACCUUUUCAGCAUCUGAAUUUGAUAAAGCAUAUCAAAAAUUAAUGGUAGAAAUAAGUCAUCAUAGAAGUCAAUCAGAACAAAAUAUUAUUCAUGGUCACGCUAUCUCACAUGGCAACAGUGAUCAUGUGACAGACACUUCUAUUAUUGCAGCAAGCGCUGAAAAAGUUCUGAGCAGCACGAAUCAACUUGCUACAAGAAAAUCUGAAUAUUGUUCUAAACCAUAUAUCGAACAAUGGUCAAAGCAAGAUGUUUUAAAUUUUCUGAAUGAUAUGGAACUCCACAGUAUGAUUCCUCUAUGCGACAAGAUGGAUGGUCGUCAGUUACAUAAGUUCUACAAGAGUUGUGAUUCGAACAAUGAUGUCAUGUAUCAUUCUUUAAAAGCGGAAUUACUCGAUUUAUAUAAAAAAACAUUACCAUUUCAAGAUUAUCUUCGGUUUUUAGAUGAAUUAAAGAGAUAUGUUCCAUCUACUACUGGAACACAAACAGUAGCUAGCAUUAUUUGCAACAUGAUGUAG